ACUUGUGUGCUGUCCAACAUGAGUAGUAACCGCACGGUUUACUCGUUCGAGGAUUACCGGUGCUCACCGGAUCCGGUGUUCGAGCUGGACAGUCGGUGUGUGUCUCCGGGACCGGUGCCGGUGGUGGUGGAUAACGGCUCGUUUCAGUGCCGCGCGGGCUGGAGCAGCGGAGCCCCGGAGCUCGACAACCCGCGGCUGGUGUUUCGCCCGGCGGCCGCUCGCAGCAGAGGAGCCGCCCGCGGUGGAGCGCAGGUGGGGAACGACAUCCCCAACCCGGAGCCGCUGCGCUGGACACUCAAGAGCGCCUUCGACCGAGACACGGUGGUCAACUUCGACAUCCAGGAGCUCGUCUUCGACUACAUCUUCAUGCACCUCGGGAUAAAUACACAGGGUCGUGUGGAGCACCCUCUGGUGGUGACGGAGCCGGCCUGUAACCCGCUGCAGUGCAGACAGAUGAUGUCGGAGCUGCUGUUUGAGUGUUACGGGGUCCCGCGGGUGGCCUACGGUGUGGACAGCCUGUUCAGCCUCCAUCAGAACAGCACAGCAGAUGCAGGAGCGCCCUCUACAGCCCUGGUGCUGUCCUCUGGCCAUCACUGCUCACAUGUGCUGCCCGUCAUUAACGGCAGGCUGGAUGCUGUGAAUUGUAAGCGGGUGAAUCUGGGUGGAGGUCAGGCAGCGGCGUAUUACCAGAGACUUCUGCAGCUCAAAUAUCCUGCAAACCAGGCCUCCAUCACCCUGAGCCGCAUGGAGGAGCUCCUGCACCAGCACAGCUACAUCGCUGUCGACUAUCACAACGAGCUGGAGAAGUGGCGCAGUCCGGAGUUCUACGAGAGCGAAGUGCACCGCGUCCAGCUGCCGUUCUCGGGCCGCUCGGCUGGAGUGAGUGUGAGCGCAGAGGAGCGCAGCGAGAGACGAGCGCAGCAGCUCAGACGCAUACAGGAGAUCAACAGCCGGCGCAGAGAAGAGAGGAUCCUGGAGGACCAGAAGCGCCUGGACACACUGCUGGCCGUGCAGGAGCUGCUGGAGGACGGGGCUCUGGAGCUCUUCCACAGGAGUCUGGUGGAGCUGAACAUGGACUCGGCGGAGGAGCUGCAGUCAUACAUACACAAGCUCAGCCUGAGCCUCCAGCAGCACCGCUUACUGAGAGCUGAGACUGCAGAAGUGGAGCCGUCGGCAGAUGAAGGAAACGAGCUGGAAGCAGAACUAAAUGAGAACGAAGAGCCUGGAAAACCCAGCAGCACAGCGCAGCCGAUGUUUAACGUGGCCGAGUAUCAUCAGCUGUUUGUGGGCACGGAGCGUCUGCGGGUGCCGGAGAUUAUUUUCCAGCCGUCUCUGAUUGGAGAGGAGCAGAUGGGCCUGAUGGAGACGCUGCAGUUUGUUCUGGAGCAAUAUUCCCCUGAGCAGCAGGAGGCGCUGGUGAGGAAUGUGUUUCUGACUGGGGGAAACCUGCAGUAUCCUGGAGUGAAGGAAAGAGUGGAGCGAGAGCUGCUGGCCAUCAGACCCUUCCAGUCACACUUUAAGGUGUCUGUGGCGGGCCGGCCGGCUCUAGACUCGUGGUUCGGGGCCUGUGAUUGGGCCCUCCGGAGCCCCGCUGACGCUCCAGGCUGGAUCAGCCGUCAGGAUUAUGAGGAGAAGGGAGGAGAAUAUCUGAGUGAACACUGCGCCUCCAACAUCUACAUACCCAUGAAGAUCAGCAAACCCAAACACACACUUACAGGAAAACACAGCACAGACUCCAGCCAACCGGACGCCAGCAGUGUCCAAAACCAGAGCGACGUUUCUGUCAGUCUGAGCUGAACUGCUUUUAUACUGCUGACGUGUUUUACUCACCAAAUGUUGAGCGGCCAAAUGACUUUAUUUCUAUUUUUACAGCUUUAGAUGGUGUAUUUAAUGUGUUUUAGUUGAUGUACAAUGAAGAGAACAUGUGAAACA